GUCAUAUGACUGACACUCUUAGGUCUUCCUCUCUGCUGUGAACCUCACAAAUAAUCGAACAUGGCGGAUUUGGAAGAGCGGCAGAGAUUGUUGGGAGACGAGGACAGGGGCAGUGGACCCGGCAGGCCCAUGCUCGCCAUCUGCGACCCCAGCCGCUUACUGCACCGACUGGUUGUCCUUUUUUUUAUGUGCUUCCUGGGAUUCGGAAGCUACUUCUGUUACGAUAAUCCCGCUGCACUCCAAAGUCAAGUCAUCCAGGAUUUGCAUCUGACGACUGCAGACUUCAUGCAGUUGUACGCCUGGUACUCCUGGCCUAAUGUAGUCCUCUGCUUCUUUGGGGGAUUUCUGCUUGAUCGGGUCUUUGGUGUCAGGCUGGGAACCAUCAUCUUUUCCCUUUUUGUCUGUGCUGGUCAGGUGGUCUUUGCUGCUGGAGCAUGGACAAAUCAAUUUUGGCUAAUGGAAGCUGGACGAUUUAUAUUUGGUAUUGGAGGAGAGUCUUUGGCAGUAGCCCAAAACACAUAUGCAGUGAACUGGUUCAAAGGCAAGGAGCUCAAUCUAGUAUUUGGCCUUCAGCUGAGCAUGGCUCGCGUGGGCAGCACGGUGAACAUGAACAUAAUGGGCUGGAUUUAUAACAGAGUUACAGAUGCUGUUGGCUCGCCUGGACACACCGUGCUGGGUGCAUCACUCUUGAUAGCUGCCAUAACGUGCGUGUUUUCCCUAGUCUGUGCCUUGGUUUUGGGAUUCCUUGACAAAAGAGCCGAGAGGAUCCUCAACAAGGAACAAGAAGGAACAGGCGAAGUGAUCAAGAUCACGGAUGUGAAGCAUUUCCCUGCAGCCCUGUGGCUUAUCUUCAUCGUUUGUGUAGGCUACUACGUGGCAGUUUUCCCCUUUAUUGGACUGGGACAGGUGUUCUUCAUUGAAAAAUUCAGCUUCUCCCCAGCUCAAGCCAGAGCUGUCAACAGUAUUGUGUACAUCAUAUCAGCCCCUGCAUCUCCAGUUUUGGGCUUCAUGGUUGAUAAGACUGGGAGGAACGUGUAUUGGGUAUUGCUUGCAGUGGCAGCAACACUUGCCGCUCACAUGAUGCUGGCCUUCACUUUCUGGAACCCAUGGAUCGCAAUGUCCCUGCUUGGCGUGUCAUACUCCUUAUUGGCCUGUGCACUUUGGCCCAUGGUGGCUUUUGUCGUGCCUGAACAUCAACUCGGGACAGCCUAUGGCUUUAUGCAGUCCAUUCAGAACCUGGGACUCGCUAUCAUUUCCAUAGCGGCAGGGGCGAUCCUCGACAGCAAAGGGUACCUGGUUCUGGAAGUGUUUUUUUGCGCCUGCAUUUGUGUUGGACUGAUAGCCGCAGUGUUGCUGUACUUUGUGGAUUACAUUAAAGGAGGAGAUUUGAACCUGUCAGCCGCAGCCAGAGCCAAACUCAGUAAAGAAGCCAGUUCAGAUGCAGAGAAAGAAAGGCAGCCAAGUAAGCCGACACAGGGUGAGCUGGCUAGACUGGCACCCAUGUCUGCUUUUGGCUUACGCAACCGCUAUCUCUCCAGGCUGGGCGCACAGAUCCCAGACCACUUCUCCAGCCAUCUGUCAUCACUUGCUUACAGGAGUGUUCUGAAAUGAUGCCCUUCAUUCAGCUGUCUGCUGCUCCAACACUGUCACUCUGUGCCUCGAGACAAGUAUAUGCUAAAAUAGACGAUGCUUUAAAAAAAUGUCCUAUUUUCAAUGGAAAUUUGAAGCGCUUUUUACCUCCAGGUUAUUUUUAAUCUUCACUUGACUUACUGUUCCGAGUGUUCGCUGGUGUGUUUGUUUUAUGGCUACUUAAUGUCACUGUUUGGAAUAUUUUAGACCUGUCUUAUUUUCCAUUUUUGAACUGAAUAUUUCUUCUCUUUUAGAAAUAAGAUUCUCUACAUACGACAGAGGGCACCAGUUCCCACAAAUGUUUAAUGUCACCUAUGACCACAGUGUUGCUGCUUUCUAUUGAGCAGUCUGUUGAUUGUGGUGUUGCUCCAGUUUUGCAAGUUAAUUGCGAGAUGACCUUAGUAUUUGCAUAAUAAUUGCACAAUUAGUGAAAUUUUGUAUAUUGUUUAGUUAUGACAAAUGCAUUUUUUAAUUUAAAUCAAUAAAAUGAAGUAUAAAA